GUGUGGGCUCGCGCAACCUGGAUGGAACGCGGCAGCUGCUCGGUACUCCUCUUGCUCGCAACCGCCUCAUUGCUGGUCGCCGGUUCUGCCGUCCACGGCGCCGGCGUCCACGGCGCCGGCGUCGAGCCGCGGUGCCGACGCCACCCAGUGGCAACGCUCCGGCCCUCAAGACGUGCCGCUCUGGCCCUGCGUGGCGGCGCCGACACCGCCGCAGCUAGCGCCAGCAGCAGCAGCCUCUGGGCCUGGUUCCGCGUCCUGCUGCGCGUGGCCUUCCCCGGCAACCCGCCGCGCGAGCGCGCCAGCAUUGCGCCGCCGCCGCCGCCACCGUCCGCGCCUCCCGCCUCGGCCAAGUCUGGCGGCAGCGGGAGCAAAGGCUUCACCGCUAAGGGCGUGCGCGGGUCGCGCGCGGCCAAGCCCUCCAAGGGCGGCUCGGUGGUCGCCGUGCACUCCAAGGCGGACUUCGACCGGCAGCUGAGCUCGGCGCGCUCGUCGCAGCUCGUCGUCGCCGACUUCUUCGCGAGCUGGUGCGGGCCGUGCCAGCAGAUCGCGCCAAAGUACAAGGAAGCUGGCGGCCGCCCUGCCGCACGUCAAGUUCC